AUGGCGCUUAUGUUACGCAAGAACUUGAAUGUACGCACGGGCCUAACAUCACAGUCCAACACUCCAAUUGUGGAGAUCGAACAACCAGCUAUGCUAGAACAACUCGAAAAUUCUACCGUAUACAAUCCUGCCGUUGAAGGCUCCAAAGAUUCGGCUCAAAUCGAAAGAGAAAGCGCUUCUUUUGACGCAGAUGAAGAUCAUCUGACCGCUGAAACUGGACUUUCGGAUGAAGCAUUGCAAUUGCUGCUCCAGUUUCAGAGCCUCGGGUGCCGCUUCGCAGACGACAUCAACGAUGGCACAAAGGACAUUAUCACGAGCAAAACCGUCUGCGUUUCCUACACGGCCAGAGACUCGCAAGUGAUUGCCGAAACUUAUCGGCGCCUGCAAGAAAAGGCAGAGAAUGCUGCUCAAGACUAUGCAUCGCAAUUGGAAUCUCGAGUGAUCCAGGAUCUACAAGGAUUUGACUGUAUAAACUCCUGUGCUCCACAGCGUUUGAAAGAAGAUAUGUUUGGCGCUCUUCAAAGAGACGGAGUUGUCCGACUGAAUCACGUUUUGGAUGCGGAUAGUUGCGAGCGAUGUCUCGAAAGCAUCAAUCGAUCGUUGGAAGAGGUAGAUUCCUCGGACACUAUCGGUUUUGGCAAUGUUUUCUCGCGCAAGUGUCGGUAUGAUAUGUAUUUGCGACCUCAAGGUGUCUACCGCGAAGCGCUGCAGACUCUCUUAUCUUCCAAGCAUUCCGCUUUGGGAGCUCUUCUCGACCGUUGCUUGUCCGUGUCAAACCAAGGGGAAGCCCACAUUGGCCAAAAUGUACCUUGCAAUUUUGGUCGAUUUCACGAACUGUCGACUUUGAUUGCCGAUCCGGGAGCCGCUCCCCAACCCAUUCACCCGGACGCUGGAUAUGCGCCGCACGCUCCCAUGUGGACUUGUUUUGUCGCUCUCCAAGAUAUAAGUCCGGAAAUGGGUCCGACAGUUUUCUUGCCUGGCACACAUACCGAGACGUCUCACGCACUCUUAAAAGAUCCCGCGCGGAAAGAUGCGUUUCUCAGUGGAUGCACAUACAAGCAAGGCCUUCUGAGAGCUGGUGACGUUGCUGUCAUGGAUGCGCGAACGCUUCACUUUGGUAACGCCAAUGAGAGCAAGCAUCGACGAACUCUUUUUUACUUUACUAUUCGAAAUCCGGCUCACGGAUCGGAUCCUUCUGACUUUCCACCUUGUGGCAGCCUGUUUGAAGAUGUAGAAGGUCUUACAAUCGAGAGUCUACGCAAUGAAAAUGGGGGAAAGUUGCUCCUUGACAAACAAUAG